CCUGGUGUGGAAGACUUCUGCAGCUUGAUCUCUACAAUACAAUGAAACUCACUUCACAUGUAUGCACAUCUUAGCAUCUCUUGAAUGCAAACCAAGUGAAGAUCUAUGAGGCGAUGCUAAGGGUCAGCAUGAUGUUUACUUAAAUUUUCCAACAGUCACUCAUUAACCCAUAAGUCGUGCAGUUGGACCCUCAAACUACAGCUACCUGCUUUCAUCACUGAGAUGUUCUGGGUGGCAUUUAUGGGACGGAGGGCUUUCAGCUUGGAAGGAGAACAACUGUCUGACCCUGUGGAUCCUUGUAAUUAAUAUUCAGCACUUCAAUGUGUAUCUACACAAUCCAAAGACAUUAAACAUUUCUAUAAACUGGUUCCCAGCAUAACCUGACAAACCUAAACACGAUGCUGUGGUCUCACCUCCGUCCGUCCCUCACUCACCUCUUGUCUCUGAGGCUUCUGGGUACUGCCUCCUCCAGGAUGGUGGUGGUCAAGCAGCCGGAGCUUCUCUCAGCGAGCCUGACCUUUGAUGAUCCCAGUGCCUUCAGGGUGAAGAGUCUAGGAGAGCUUCUCCGUGCUCUUGGUGUCUUCCAGCUGUGCUCCUUCCCUCUGCUGGUCAACAACUGUGGAAAGCUGAUGACAGGAACACGCACCCUUCUGGGGAGAAGGGGGUUCUCUUUGCUGCUGCGGCCCACCGUGUACGCCCAGUUUGUGGCUGGAGAAAACGAGAGGGAGAUCUCCCAAUCUAUGGGGAAGAUGAGCUUACUGGGACUGAGGCCCAUGUUGGCGGUUCCCAUUGAGGAAGACCUUGGAGAGAGCACCGGAGAAAAGAGAUACGAUGACAACAUGGAGGCCAUGCUAGAAUGUGUGCGGAUGUCCCACAGCAACGCUUGGAGCAAAGACCCGAUGAUGCAGUUGAAGAUCACAGCUCUGCUCAGCCCGGAGCUGUGUGUCAAACUGACAACCCUGAUUACACGACAACCAUACGAUUUGAGCCUGCUUGUCCGUGCAAUGGAUGGAGAAGCAAUAACCUUGCCUGGAUUAGAGGAAACAGAAACGGCUCAUUUCCUGUGUGGUCUGCAGAGAUUGAACAAAAUAGCAGAGGCGAGUGUUAACAAAGUGAGAGUGCUGGUUGAUGCAGAGUACACCUACAUGAACCCUGCUCUCACUCUGGUCACGAUGGCGCUGAUGAAGAAGUUUAACAAAGAUGGUGCCUGGAUCUGGAACACAUAUCAGUGUUAUCUAAAGGAGGCCAUGUCUCUGCUGUUGGAAGCUCUGAAUGUGUCACAGGCUGAAGGCUUCUGUCUGGGAGUCAAGCUGGUACGAGGUGCCUACAUGGACAAAGAACGAAAGCUGUCUGAGAAGGAGGGUCGGGUUGACCCCAUUCACCCGAGCUGGGAGGAGACCAACAAGAGUUAUAACAGCUGCCUGGAUGUGAUGCUGGACGCCAUAUCACAGAAACCUGAACGCAACAGGAUCAUCGUGGCCACUCACAAUGAAGAAUCUGUGAGACGAGCUGCUAAAAGGGUGGAGGAGAUGGGAAUAGACAAAGAUGGAGGCUCAGUGUGUUUCGGCCAGCUGCUGGGGAUGUGUGAUCACGUCUCCCUCACACUGGCAAAUGAGGGUUAUCCUGUUUACAAGUCGGUGCCGUACGGCUCGGUGGACGACACACUUCCCUACUUGGUGCGCCGGGCCCAGGAGAACCGCACCGUCUUACAGGGCAUUCGUAAAGAAAGAGACCUGCUGAGGCAGGAGCUGAGAUACAGAAUAAGGCUGGGACUGAGGGGUGGCAGCUAAUAGCAGAUAGUCAGAAUGGAGACUGAAGACAUGGAAGAUCAGAACAAGUGAGCUGGUAAACACUGCAGCUGGACCGCCCAACACUCGGAAACUAGCAACACGAUCAAAGACGUGUAACCAGUAUUUGUCUGGAUAAAGAAUCACUUUAACGUCUUAAAAACUAUUCAAGACCUUCUAAGUAAUGUACGCCUUUUGCCUUAAAUAUCGUAGGAAAAUAUCUGCGCUCAGCUCGAGGUUUUUUAUUAAAACAUGUUUUAUUUGUGGUGUCACUUUAAAACUUUUGACAUAUAAGAGUAGGUAGUAUGAGGUUAAGGUAGUAUCAUAGGGUGCUUGAUUAAAAUAUGAGACCAUAUGUAAAAAUUACGAAAGCUGAAGCAGAACUAGACCCUGCAACAUCACAUGACCCAAAACACACCAUUAAAUCCACCAAUGACUGGCUGAGAAGUAAUAAUUGGAAAGUCCUGGAAUGGCUUAGUCAAAGCCCAGAUCUUGAUCUGUUGAGAUGCUGUGAAGGUGACUUGAAAUGGACUGAACAUGCAAAAAAUCUCUCAAACAUCUAACAGCUGCAAGUGAGGAGUGGGUUCAGGUUUCCUCAGACUGAUGUGACAGACGGUAGAUGAAUACAGGAGGCGCCUCAAUGCUGUUCGGUAGUAGGGUGUCCUAACUUCUCCCUAUGUUAGUAGAAAUAUUUCUGAUGAUCCUUUGAAUAAUAGGUUAAAAAAAUGAUUGUUAUUGUUUACAUGUAAUUAAGUUACCUUCUAAAAAUAAACCAGAGAUGAAUAAAACUCCCGACCUCAUGAUGUAAAUAACACUUUUGAAACAACUAAAUGUUGAUUGGGGGUGUCCUAAUUUUUUACAUGACUGUGCUUUGUACAGUCAGUAGCACAAAGUCUUAAAUAUCAACAAAGUGACUCAUCUGUAAAAGUCAGUGCAACAUAUGUACUAGCAACAGCAUUUGUAACAGAAGUGGCUGAAGUUGUUGUCGUGUUUAAAUCCUCACGAGGCUGUGAUAAUUAUGGAGUGGAGAUUAAAUCCACAUAUGUUAAAGAUUCUUUACCAGUUCUUUGAAGUCUGUUGUUUUCAUCACAACAAUGAAAGAUGGCGAGCCUUUUUGUCUUGUAACCAAAGACCAGCUAGUUUCUUACCAAUAAUGUCAAAGGAAUAGGAAAAACCUGCUUUUCAGAAGAGUGAACAUCUUAAAAUAAACACAUUUUUGCUGAACCAAA